AAACAAUAUGGCUGACCAAGCGCCAAAUCUCGACGAAAUAUUUCCCUAUCCUGAGGGCAAAGCCAGAUCGAGAGUAUGGACUCACUUCGGCUUUAACAAAAAAAGCCAGGCCCACCUAAAAAAGUCAUUCAUAAAUAAAACUAGUAAUUGAUUUAAUGCAUAUGUUUGCAUUUGGUUUUGUCAACAAACCACUUGGGUAAUGAAGGCAUGACAGUUGUACUAUAUGACAGUCUACAUUCCGAGACUAAGACUUUGAUGAAACAUAAAACUCAGACUGUCGAGUGAAGCAGUUUGAUUAUUACAGUAUUUAUUUGGUUCAUAGUACAGUGGUCGAAAUUAGCACAAGCCCGCAAGCCCUGCAAUGUUUAACAGCUUCUCCAAAUGUACAAUCUGUACAUCACUCGAAAGACAUAUGACCAAAAUCCUGAACCCCGAUACAAGAGCCCACUUCCGCAAACUAAAGCUUGAACAUCAUGAAAGACAAAUGUUAGAACGGUCCUACUACUACAAAAAAAGAGAAGCAAGCAGGAAAGAGCCAACCAAGUACAUGUCCAUAAUCAUUGACGGAAUGGAUCAAUCCAAGACCAAUUUGCCACAUUUCACAGGCCGGUUGCCAAAGAGCCUGAGUGCAGCUGACCUGUUGAAAACCCAUAUUACUGGUGCGAUCUGCCAUGGCCACGGUGGAAUGUACAGUUUUUUGGACAUUAACCAAUUUCCACAUGAUCCAAACCUGACUAUCGAUGUCAUUCUCAGGAUCUUAGAAAAAACAGUAACAACAAAUAGCAAUAGAUUGCCACCUACCCUUUAUCUUCAAGCAGACAACUGUGUGAGGGAAAAUAAAAACCAGUAUGUCCUUGGGUUCUGCGAGCUCCUUGUGAAAGAAAGAAUUUUCAAUGAGGUGCAUUUGUCAUUCCUACCUGUGGGACACACACAUGAAGACAUCGACAGUAAAUUUGCUUCAAUUGCUGAUUCACUGCGGACUAAAAAUGUUGAAUCUGUAGGAAGUCUUUUGAAAGUACUUGAAAAACCUGAGGAAAUAAGAUCUCUUUUUGAUGUUAGAGGAUGGAUCACUCCUUAUCUGAAUAAAAUUGUGCAAAUUACCAAUCCACUUUAUUUUAAGAUCAAGCGCAUUGAAGACACAGUUAAAGGAUACUACAAAGGCAAUCAUAAUGAUGUUUGGAAAAUAUUGCCGCAAAAUCUUUUAAAUACCUUACCCAAUUCGAAACCUUCAGAAGUAAUUCCUUCGUUUGAUAAAAUUAAUAUAGAAAAUCAUGAAAAACUAGUGUCUUCCAAUCAAUUUAUGUUUUCUCAGGACUCAAGUAUAGCUGACUGGCAAAAUUUUAAUGAAACCAUAAAACAGAAAAAAUACAAAUCAUCUCCAAAAUGGAUUCUUCCAAAUCUCCCCCGUCAGAGUGAUUUACAAGAAACUUCCCCAAUAGUUGUGCCAGAACAAAUAUCAUCUCUGAUGGAAAAAGAAAAAAGACAACUGAAUGUAAAAGUGAUACAAAAACGAAAACCGACUCAAGGCCAACCAAGUCUUCCAGUUGUCAACCCCAAAAAAAGGAAAUUACCAACAAAAACAAGAUCAAUAACUACAUUUGUUACCAUUCUAUUGACAGAUGAGGAGAAAAAACACACUUGGCUCAAAAUAUUUUAUGAAAUGUGUUUUUCCAUGUUAUUUAUGUCGCUGCUGCUAUGUCUAUUGAUGAUUUUUGUUCUUCUACUCAAGUCUUUGGUUAUCGAAAUGCUUGAAUUCAUUGCUUUUUUAAUACGAAAUCUUCUACUGAUGCACAUUGGAAGGCUGCUGAUGCCAAUCAGUUCUAUGAAAGCCCUUGUCUCUCUGUGCAUCCCUAAACUAUUUAUGUUAGAGACAAGAAAUCUUGAUGCUAUGUUUGUGUAAUGUGAAACUGUUUAAUGUUGAUAUGUUAGGUAUUUUUCAUCAUUAACACAGUUCUGAUGAGAAUUAUUUUGUGCUUCAAGUUAUAUGCUCAUUUUGAGCAACAGACUCUGUAGUAUCUAUGGAAUUAUUAAUUUAUCUUUUUAACUUUAUAUUUAUCAUUACAAUUUUCUGAUGAGAACUAUUGGAUGAAUUUAAUUGAUGAUUCCAAACAUAAUAUGUAAUGUGAAAUGUGAAACUUAUAAAUGUUGAUAGGUUCAUGUAAUUUUUAUCAUUAACUCAGUUCUGAUGAUAAUUAUUUUGUGCUUCAAGUUAUAUAUCUAUGGAAUGAUUAAUUCAUUUUUAUACUAUUAUUUUUUAGCAUGGCAUAGUUCUGAUGAAAACUAAUAGGAGUAUUUAAUUAAUGAUUCCAAAGAUCAUGCUCCAUUUCUUCAUAUAUAUAUUAUUGUACUUAGGUUAAAUAAUGACCCAGCCAGAUUUAAAAAAAGAUUGUACUCAUAGAAUUUAUAAGACUGUUAAAGUGAGUGAAAUAAGGCCUAAAAAAAUAUAUUUGGUUUGGGUUACCCGACCCUACCUACGGAAUAGGCGCCGACCCUACCGUUUUUAUAGUCAGUUUGAAAAAAAAUAAUGAAAAACUUAAAAAAAAAAAUUUUAAAUAUAGAGUUUAAAACCUUAAAUGCUUAUACAGGAGAUAACUUUAACACUUUUCUUCAAUGAUGAAAAUGACAUUCUUAUAUAAAGCCUAAUAAAAAAAAAAUUAAAAAAAAAUUAAAAGGCUACCUAACCUACCUAUUUUUGAAAAGGAUGUAAUCCUAACCAAACAAUUUUUUUUUAGGCCUAAGAUACAUUGAAAGUAAUACUAACAUUAAAUUUUCAAAUUCAAAUUUUGAUUUUUUGUAUAAAUUUUGACCAUAGUUUAGGGACAUUUUCUGUCUGGACAUUGUUUGUCUUGUUUUGAAUUUAAUGAUUUCAAAUUUGUUAGAGCUACUGAAAUUAAAUAAUUAUGGAUUUUCAUUAGCUUUACAUUUUGACCACUAAACUUUGUUCGGUCGACCGAACAUUUUGUUUCAUUUUCAAGUUUUAAUUUUAGUUUGACCAUUUUGAAUUUCAAAUUGUUAAAUACAUCAAAAUCCUUAUUCUGAAUUUUUAAGCAUUUUGACCACAUCCAAUUGUUCGGACGACCAAACAUUUUCUCUUGGACAUUUUUUGUCUAGUUUUUAGCUUUUAUUGUUAAGCAUUUUGCCACAUCCAAUUGUUCGGACGACCGAACAUUUUCUCUUAUAAAAAUUGUUAACUUUAUAAUGUUUACGCUUGAAAUUUGGUAGGUAAAUCAAACAUUUUGAAAAUUAGAACAUUGUUUUUCAAUGGUUUUACAUUUGACCACUUAACUUUGUUCGGACGACCGAACAUUUUGUAUCAAUUUCAAGUUUUGAUUUUAGUUUGACCAUUUUCAAAUUGUGAAGUACAUCGAAAUCCUUAUUUGCAAUUUUCAAGCAUUUUGACCACAUCCAAUUGUUCGGACGACCGAACAUUUUCUCUUGGACAUUAUUUGUGAAGUUUUUAGCUUUUAUGAUAAAGCAUUUUAGCACAUCCAAUUGUUUGGACGUCCGAACAUUUUCUCUUUGGACAUUAUUUGUCAAGUUUUUAGCUUUUAUGGUAAAGCAUUUUAGCACAUUCAAUUGUUCGGACGUCCGAACAUUUUCUCUUUUGAAUAUUGUAUACUUCUUAAUUUCAUGAUUUGAAAUUUGGUUGGACAAUCAAACAUUUGAAAAAUAAAUUUUGACCACUAAACUUUGUUCGGUCGACCGAACAUUUUGUAUCAAUUUCAAGUUUCGAUUUAAGUUUGACCAUUUUCAAAUUGUUAGAUACAUCAAAAAUUUUACUCUCAAUUUAAAAACUUUUUGACCACAUCCAAUUGUUCGGACGACCGAACAUUUUGUAUCAAUUUCAAGUUUUCGAUUUUAAUUUGACUAUUUUCAAUUUGUUAUCAUUACUGAACAUUUUGUGAAUUGAUAGUUUUGAAUAGUUUAAAUUCUGUCUUGUUAUUUUUUUUCAUUUGUUCGGUCGACCGAACAUUUUCUUAUAUCUGACUCUUUUGGAUGGAAUAAUGCUAUGAAA